CGAGGCCCGGCACAGUCUGUAGGGCCAGGACACCCGGAGCUGUCAGGUGGCCCCUGGGCAGCCCCGCUGGGACAGCACCGACCGCAGCGGCAGUCGCCAGUCAGGAGCCGGAAGUGCCACGUGUCCUGAUUGCGCCUGCGCAGCCGGCGGCUGACAGACACUUCCGGCAGGGGCCUCUGCCCUAUCUCAGCCUGGCUGCUUCCUUCCAGCCCUGCGUUCUGGCCCCACGGGCCGACUCCCUACCCUCAGCUCCCAGGCCAACCCGUGGCCGCCAGUGAGCUGGGGACAAUGCGGCGCCAGGCCUAGGGCUUGAUGCGCUGCCCUCCCUCUUCCCCGCCUUCAGUCCUAAGUCGUUAGUUCUUUCCCUUUGCUUCCAGCAGUCGUCUUUCACCUUUUCGCUUGGCGCUGCCGGCGGAUCACGACCAUCCCCUUCCAACCCCGAUAACCACGGUCGUCAUGUCCCAGCCGGGGAUACCGGCCUCUAGCGGCGCACUAAGCGGCCUCCAGGCCCAGAACGGAGCCGCCUCGGCCUCGGGGUCUCCCUUCACCAAUGGUCCAAUCCAAAAUGAACUGAUGUCUUCGCAAGGAUAUUCUUCUCAGCUUCCUGGAUCCUACCCUCAUCUGAUACCAGCAAAGACUUUGAAUCCAGUCUCUGUACAGUCUAAAUAUGGUGGUUCUCAGACUGUUUCUCCACUAAGUAACUAUCAGGGGCUGCAGACUCUUCAUAGACCACCUGUGGCUUCUAAUGCGGUAACACCUUCACUCCAUAGUGGUCCCGUUCCCCGAAUGCCGCAACAUGCAUCUCAGAAUCCAGCUGCUACACCAGUGCCUUCUGGUAGCUUUCAUCCUGGAGCCAGUGUGCCGCCACCUUUGAAUUGGCAAUAUAACUAUCCACCCACAGGAUCACGGACAAACCAUGGCUCUCCUGUGUCAUCCGGACCAGCUCUGUCUGGAAAUACAAAUUUGACAACAGGUCAUCCGUAUGUUUCUUCUGGAGAUCCUUCGCUUCAAAACAACUUCAUAAAAUCAGGUCCUGCACCCCCCUUAGUGAAUUCACCUCUGCCUGCCACUUUGCAACCAGGAGCUCCUCUUGGGCCCCCUCCAACUGGAGGACCACCUCCGGUGAGCGCUCACGCUGCUCAGAAAGCAUCACACAGGGCUGUGCCCCAGCCCUCAUUUAAUUCAGCUGUCAACCAAGAAGGUAUUACAUCAAGUACCAAUAACGGAUCUAUGGUGGUUCACAAUAGUUAUGAUGAAAUUGAAGGCGGUGGCUUCUUGGCAACACCACAGCUUACUAACAAGACUACCCCAGUGAGCCGAAGUGUUGGAUAUUCAUAUCCCUCCUUACCGCCCGGCUAUCAGAACACAGCGCCACCAAGUGCAGCCGGAAUGCCACCCUCUUCCUUGAGUUACCUAAGCGGGCCACAGGCCUUUACUCAGACUCCCUUAGGUGCUAAUCAUUUAACUGCAAGCAUGAGUGGAUUAAGUCUACACCCAGAGGGGCUAAGAGUUGUUAACCUUCUUCAAGAAAGAAACAUGCUUCCACCAACACCUUUGCAACCUCCGGCUCCAAAUUUGCACGAAGAUAUCCAGAAGCUCAACUGUAACCCAGAGCUCUUUCGAUGCACACUGACUAGCGUUCCUCAGACUCAGGCCUUACUGAAUAAAGCCAAACUUCCUCUGGGACUGCUGCUUCAUCCUUUCAAAGACCUAGUGCAGUUGCCGGUGGUUACCUCCAGUACAAUUGUGAGAUGCCGUUCCUGCAGGACGUACAUCAACCCUUUCGUCAGCUUUCUUGAUCAAAGAAGAUGGAAGUGCAACUUGUGUUAUCAAGUCAAUGACGUUCCUGAAGAAUUCAUGUACAACCCUUUGACCAGAGUCUAUGGUGAACCUCAUAAAAGACCUGAAGUUCAAAAUGCUACAAUUGAGUUUAUGGCUCCUUCAGAAUACAUGUUGCGACCACCUCAACCUCCAGUGUACCUCUUUGUAUUUGAUGUGUCUCACAAUGCAGUUGAAACUGGAUACUUGAAUUCAGUUUGCCAGAGUUUGUUAGACAACCUGGAUUUGCUUCCUGGCAACACUAGAACAAAAAUUGGCUUCAUAACAUUUGAUAGUACAAUCCACUUCUACAGUCUUCAAGAAGGUCUCUCUCAACCUCAGAUGCUAAUAGUUUCAGAUAUUGAAGAUGUUUUUAUACCUAUGCCAGAGAACUUAUUAGUAAACUUAAAUGAAAGUAAAGAGCUUGUCCAAGAUUUACUGAAAACUUUGCCACAAAUGUUCACCAAGACCCUGGAGACCCAGAGUGCCUUGGGUCCUGCACUUCAGGCUGCGUUUAAGCUGAUGUCCCCAACUGGCGGUCGAAUGUCUGUCUUUCAAACCCAACUCCCAACUCUUGGCGUGGGAGCCCUGAGACCACGAGAGGAGCCCAACCACAGGUCAUCUGCUAAGGAAAUCCACUUGACACCAUCCACUGACUUCUAUAAGAAAUUAGCCUUGGACUGUUCUGGUCAGCAGGUAGCCGUUGACUUAUUUCUUCUCAGUGGACAGUAUUCUGAUUUGGCUUCUCUGGGUUGUAUUUCUCGGUAUUCAGCAGGCAGUGUCUACUACUAUCCCUCUUACCACCAUCAGCACAACCCAGUCCAAGUGCAGAAAUUACAGAAGGAGCUACAGAGAUACCUCACUCGGAAGAUUGGCUUUGAGGCGGUCAUGAGGAUUCGAUGCACCAAAGGCCUUUCCAUUCACACUUUCCAUGGGAACUUCUUUGUUCGGUCGACCGACUUACUCUCUUUGCCCAAUGUAAACCCGGAUGCUGGGUAUGCAGUGCAGAUGUCAGUGGAAGAGAGUCUUACUGACACUCAGCUGGUUUCCUUUCAGUCGGCGCUCUUGUAUACAUCCAGCAAAGGUGAAAGGAGAAUUCGUGUUCAUACUUUGUGUUUGCCAGUAGUUUCAACUCUGAAUGAAGUCUUUCUUGGAGCUGAUGUUCAAGCAAUUUCAGGGUUAUUGGCCAAUAUGGCUGUUGACAGGUCUGUGACCGCCAGUCUGAGCGAUGCUCGGGACGCGCUAGUGAAUGCCGUCGUAGAUUCUCUCUCCGCCUACCGCUCUUCGGUUCUGAGUAACCACCAGCCUGGGCUCAUGGUUCCUUUUUCUUUGCGGCUUUUUCCACUCUAUGUGUUGGCUCUCCUUAAACAGAAAUCAUUCCAGACCGGGACAAGUGCACGUCUAGAUGAACGCAGUUUUGCUAUGUGUCAAGUGAAAAACCAGCCUUUGGUUUACCUUAUGCUCACAACUCAUCCCAAUUUGUACCGAGUUGACAAUCUUUCAGAUGAGGGAGCCCUCAACAUCAACGAUCGAACUAUACCUCAGCCGCCUAUUCUUCAGCUUUCAGUGGAGAAGCUGAGUAGGGAUGGGGCUUUUCUCAUGGACGCAGGCUCUGUGCUGAUACUUUGGGUUGGAAAAAAUUGUGGACAGAAUUUUCUCAGUCAAGUUCUAGGAGUUCAAAGCUAUGCAUUAAUUCCACAUACUAUGACAGACCUUCCGGAACUUGAUACACCAGAAUCUGCCAGAACUAUAGCUUUCAUCUCUUGGCUUAGAGAACAGAGACCAUUUUUCCCAAUACUUUAUGUAAUAAGGGAUGAGAGUCCAAUGAAAGCAACUUUCCUUCAAAACAUGGUAGAAGACAGAACAGAAUCUGCUUUAUCAUAUUAUGAAUUCCUCUUGCAUAUACAACAGCAAGUGAAUAAGUGAACACGUGAAGAUACUUGGCUUAGUUAUUUCUAAGGAAAUACCUUCCUUUCUAUUAGGUUUUUGUACUGAUGUGAUGAUUACAUGUUCUCACUGUGAUUUCAACAAACUAUAGCAAAUAAAGGACUACAGCAGAGAAUCAAACAUGCAACUCUGAAAUACUGUACUUUUCAAAUCAGAGUAUAUAUAAAUAUGAUUGGAUAUUAUUUUUCUUUGCUGCCAAUUAUGUUUGAGUUGUUAAGAAUUCAAAUAAGAUGAGACAAUAUUGCAGAGGCAAAGAACAUUUUGUAAAAUAAAGACUUCUGUGUUCCAAAUGUAUAUUUCUCCCUCUCUCUCUCUCUCUCUCUCCUUCUCUCCUCAAUUUUUGGCUGCUACAUUUAAAACCUCACAAGACCAUGUGUUGCAGGGAAGUUACAACUCCAUUGAUAAUGGUCUUUCUAAAAUUAGAAAAAAAUGUCAGAAGUAAAUAGUACAUAGAAAAGCUAGAAUCUAUUUCCCCCUACCUGUUGUUUUCUUAAUUAAGGAAAAAAAAGGAUCAUCAUGUUAACUAAAACUAGAGUAAACUAACUCUAGUCCAGCCUGAAAAGAAGAUUAUGAAAUAACAGUCAAGCUUUAAAAUCUGUCAGUAUUUUCUGUACUUGAACAAAAUCACCUUGAUUUGAUGUGAAAACUAAUUGAAUGGUUUUCUGAUUUGACUGCAAAAGACUUGGACAUACUAUCUUACUCUGCAUUGAAAAGAAUCUGAGCUGUCUUCAUUAUGUAUGUUAGGACUGGCAAUGACAUUUGGGAGAUGAGAAACCUUAGUUAUCUUGAUCCUCUGAGUGGGUUUUGUUUGCUCUGUGAUAUGUAAUGAAAGUGUUAUAUUGGUGAAAUGAGUAUGAAUGAAAGAAAUUAAAGUUUUCUUAAAUGCUGUCUAAAAUAA